CAAAGCCAAUGCGAAACAGAAAUUAAUCACGUUUUAAAAAAUUGAGAGACCCGAGACCCUUGAAGUCUCGACCUCCUUCCUCCCUGCCCUCAAGCCGCUAGUAGCGCGGCCCGCUCGCCGUGCAGUGACGGAGCCGCCGUAGACUGUAGUUUUGUCCCUGUCCCCCAGCGCUAACUUCAGCAUGCUCAAAAGGAAGCAAAGUUCCAGGGUGGAAGCCCAGCCCGUGACUGACUUCGGUCCGGAUGAAUCUCUGUCAGACAAUGCUGACAUUCUUUGGAUUAACAAGCCAUGGGUCCACUCCUUGCUGCGCAUCUGUGCCAUCAUCAGCGUCAUCUCCGUGUGCAUGAACACACCCAUGACCUUCGAGCACUACCCUCCUCUUCAGUACGUGACCUUCACGCUGGACACUCUACUGAUGUUUCUCUACACCGCGGAGAUGAUAGCAAAAAUGCACAUCCGCGGUAUUGUCAAGGGUGAUAGUUCCUACGUGAAAGAUCGCUGGUGUGUUUUUGAUGGAUUCAUGGUCUUUUGUCUUUGGGUUUCUUUGGUGUUACAGGUGUUUGAAAUUGCUGACAUAGUUGAUCAGAUGUCACCUUGGGGCAUGUUACGGAUCCCACGCCCAUUAAUUAUGAUCAGGGCAUUCCGGAUUUAUUUCCGAUUUGAACUGCCAAGGACCAGAAUUACAAAUAUUUUAAAGCGAUCGGGAGAACAAAUAUGGAGUGUUUCAAUUUUCCUGAUUUUCUUUCUACUUCUUUAUGGGAUUUUAGGAGUUCAGAUGUUUGGAACAUUUACCUACCACUGUGUAGUGAAUGACACAAAACCAGGGAAUGUAACCUGGAAUAGUUUAGCUAUUCCAGAUACGCACUGCUCACCAGAGCUGGAAGAAGGCUACCAGUGUCCCCCAGGAUUUAAGUGCAUGGAUCUUGAAGAUCUGGGACUUAGCAGGCAAGAGCUGGGCUACAGCGGAUUUAAUGAGAUAGGCACCAGCAUAUUCACCGUCUACGAGGCUUCCUCCCAGGAAGGCUGGGUUUUCCUCAUGUACAGAGCAAUCGAUAGCUUUCCUUGCUGGCGGUCUUACUUCUAUUUCAUCACUCUCAUUUUCUUCCUUGCCUGGCUUGUGAAGAAUGUCUUCAUUGCUGUCAUCAUUGAGACAUUUGCAGAAAUCAGAGUGCAGUUCCAACAGAUGUGGGGGUCAAGAAGCAGCACAACUUCCACAGCUACCACGCAGAUGUUUCAUGAAGAUGCGGCCGGCGGUUGGCAGCUGGUAGCCGUGGACGUCAACAAGCCCCAGGGACGCGCCCCAGCCUGCCUCCAGAAAAUGAUGCGGUCGUCCGUUUUCCACAUGUUUAUCCUGAGCAUGGUGACUGUGGAUGUGAUAGUUGCAGCCAGCAAUUAUUACAAGGGAGAAAACUUCAGGAGGCAGUAUGACGAGUUCUACCUCGCAGAGGUGGCUUUUACAGUCCUUUUUGAUUUGGAAGCACUUCUGAAGAUAUGGUGUUUGGGCUUUACUGGAUAUAUCAGCUCAUCUCUCCACAAAUUUGAGCUGCUUCUCGUCGUUGGAACGACUCUUCAUGUGUACCCAGAUCUUUAUCACUCCCAGUUCACAUACUUUCAGGUUCUUCGAGUAGUUCGGCUUAUUAAGAUCUCACCUGCCUUAGAAGAUUUUGUGUACAAGAUAUUUGGGCCUGGAAAAAAGCUUGGGAGCUUGGUUGUAUUUACCGCCAGCCUCCUGAUUGUUAUGUCCGCGAUUAGUUUACAGAUGUUCUGCUUUGUGGAGGAACUGGACAGAUUCACGACAUUUCCAAGGGCAUUUAUGUCCAUGUUCCAGAUCCUCACCCAGGAAGGCUGGGUAGACGUCAUGGACCAAACGUUAAACGCCGUGGGACAUAUGUGGGCACCAGUGGUUGCCAUCUACUUCAUUCUGUAUCAUCUCUUUGCCACUCUGAUCCUCCUGAGUUUGUUUGUCGCUGUUAUUUUGGACAACUUAGAACUUGAUGAAGAUCUAAAGAAGCUUAAACAAUUAAAGCAAAGUGAAGCAAAUGCAGACACCAAAGAAAAGCUCCCUUUGCGUCUGAGGAUCUUUGAAAAAUUCCCGAACAGACCACAAAUGGUGAAAAUCUCAAAACUUCCUUCAGAUUUCACAGUUCCUAAAAUCAGGGAGAGUUUUAUGAAGCAGUUCAUCGAUCGCCAGCAACAGGACACGUGCUGCCUCUUCCGAAUCCUCCCCUCGGCCUCCUCCUCCUCCUGCGAUCACUCCAAAAGGUCGGCCAUUGAGGAUAACAAGUACAUUGAUCAAAAACUUCGCAAGUCUGUGUUCAGCAUCAGGGCCAGGAACCUUCUGGAAAAGGAGACGGCAGUCACUAAAAUCUUGAGAGCUUGCACGCGACAGCGCAUGCUGAGCGGAUCAUUUGAAGGGCAACCAGCAAAAGAAAGGUCAAUCCUCAGUGUACAGCAUCAUAUCCGCCAAGAACGCAGGUCACUAAGACAUGGAUCAAACAGCCAGAGGAUCAGCAGGGGGAAAUCUCUUGAAACUUUGACUCAAGACCACUCCAACACAGUGAGAUACAGAAACGCACAAAGGGAAGACAGUGAAAUAAAGAUGAUUCAGGAGAAAAAGGAGCAAGCAGAAAUGAAAAGGAAGGUCCAGGAGGAGGAGCUGAGAGAGAACCAUCCCUACUUCGACAAGCCGCUCUUCAUAGUGGGCCGCGAGCACAGGUUCCGAAACUUCUGCCGCGUCGUGGUCCGGGCCCGCUUCAACGCAUCUAAAACAGACCCUGUCACAGGAGCUGUGAAAAAUACAAAGUAUCAUCAACUUUAUGAUUUGCUGGGAUUGGUCACUUACCUAGACUGGGUCAUGAUCAUUGUAACCAUCUGCUCCUGCAUUUCCAUGAUGUUUGAAUCCCCCUUCCGAAGAGUCAUGCACGCACCUACUUUGCAGAUUGCUGAGUACGUGUUUGUGAUAUUCAUGAGCAUUGAGCUUAAUCUGAAGAUUAUGGCAGAUGGCUUAUUUUUCACUCCAACUGCUGUCAUCAGAGACUUUGGUGGAGUAAUGGACAUAUUUAUUUAUCUUGUGAGCUUGAUAUUUCUUUGUUGGAUGCCUCAAAAUGUGCCUGCUGAAUCGGGAGCUCAGCUCCUCAUGGUUCUUCGCUGUCUGAGACCCCUGCGAAUAUUCAAAUUGGUGCCCCAGAUGAGGAAAGUUGUUCGAGAACUUUUCAGUGGCUUCAAGGAAAUCUUUUUGGUCUCUAUUCUUUUGCUGACAUUAAUGCUUGUUUUUGCAAGCUUUGGAGUUCAGCUUUUUGCUGGAAAACUAGCCAAGUGCAAUGACCCUAAUAUUAUCAGAAGGGAAGAUUGUAAUGGCAUAUUCAGAAUUAAUGUAAGUGUUUCCAAGAACUUAAAUUUAAAAUUAAAACCUGGAGAGAAGAAACCUGGAUUUUGGGUUCCCCGGGUUUGGGCAAAUCCUCGGAAUUUUAAUUUUGACAAUGUGGGAAACGCUAUGCUGGCGUUGUUUGAAGUCCUCUCCUUGAAAGGCUGGGUGGAAGUGAGGGACGUUAUUAUUCAUCGCGUGGGGCCAAUCCAUGGGAUCUAUAUUCACGUGUUUGUAUUCCUGGGUUGCAUGAUUGGACUGACCCUCUUUGUUGGAGUAGUUAUUGCUAAUUUCAAUGAAAACAAGGGGACAGCUUUGCUGACCGUAGAUCAGAGAAGAUGGGAAGAUCUCAAGAGCAGACUGAAGAUUGCACAGCCCCUCCAUCUCCCACCUCGUCCUGAUAAUGACGGUUUUAGAGCUAAAAUGUAUGACAUAACGCAGCACCCAUUUUUUAAGAGGACCAUUGCAUUACUUGUUCUGGCCCAAUCCGUGUUGCUCUCUGUUAAGUGGGACGUGGAGGACCCAGUGACUGUCCCUCUGGCGACCAUGUCGGUUGUUUUCACCUUCAUCUUUGUUCUAGAGGUUACCAUGAAGAUCAUAGCAAUGUCACCCGCUGGCUUCUGGCAAAGCAGAAGAAAUCGAUAUGAUCUCCUGGUGACAUCCCUGGGUGUCGUGUGGGUGGUGCUUCACUUCGCUCUCUUGAAUGCGUACACCUACAUGAUGGGUGCAUGUGUGAUCGUCUUCAGGUUUUUCUCCAUCUGUGGAAAGCAUGUAACACUGAAGAUGCUCCUCCUCACUGUGGUCGUCAGCAUGUACAAAAGCUUCUUCAUCAUAGUAGGGAUGUUCCUCCUACUGCUGUGCUACGCUUUUGCUGGCGUUGUUUUAUUUGGCACUGUGAAGUAUGGAGAGAACAUCAACAGGCAUGCAAAUUUUUCUUCAGCUGGCAAAGCUAUUACUGUACUCUUCCGAAUUGUCACAGGUGAAGACUGGAACAAGAUUAUGCAUGAUUGUAUGGUUCAGCCUCCUUUCUGUACUCCAGAUGAAUUUACAUACUGGGCUACAGACUGUGGAAAUUAUGCAGGAGCACUCAUGUACUUCUGUUCAUUUUAUGUCAUCAUUGCCUACAUCAUGCUAAAUCUGCUUGUAGCCAUAAUUGUGGAGAAUUUCUCCUUGUUCUAUUCCACUGAAGAGGAUCAGCUUUUAAGUUACAAUGAUCUUCGUCACUUUCAAAUCAUAUGGAAUAUGGUGGAUGAUAAAAGAGAGGGUGUGAUCCCCACGUUCCGCGUGAAGUUCCUACUGAGGCUGCUGCGUGGGCGGCUGGAGGUGGACCUGGACAAGGACAAGCUUCUGUUCAAGCACAUGUGCUACGAGAUGGAGAGGCUGCACAAUGGCGGCGAUGUCACAUUCCACGAUGUCCUGAGCAUGCUCUCCUACCGCUCGGUGGACAUUCGGAAAAGCCUGCAGCUGGAGGAGCUCCUGGCUCGGGAGCAGCUGGAGUACACCAUUGAAGAGGAGGUGGCCAAGCAGACCAUCCGCAUGUGGCUCAAGAAGUGCCUCAAACGCAUCCGGGCCAAACAGCAGCAGUCAUGCAGCAUCAUUCACAGCCUACGAGAGAGCCAGCAACAGGAGCUGAGCCGCUUCCUGAAUCCUCCUAGCAUCGAGACCACGCAGCCUAGCGAGGACACAAAUGCAAACAGCCAGGACCACAAUACACAGCCCGAGACGAGCAGCCAGCAGCAGCUCUUGAGCCCCACUCUCUCGGACAGAGGGGGAAGUCGGCAGGAUGCGGGUGAUGCUGGGAAGCCCCAGAGGAAGUUUGGGCAAUGGCGUCUGCCCUCAGCUCCCAAACCAAUAAGCCAUUCAGUGUCUUCGGUUAACUUACGGUUUGGAGGGAGGUCAACAAUGAAGUCUGUUGUGUGUAAGAUGAAUCCCAUGACAGACACGGCUUCCUGUGGCUCUGAGGUCAAGAAGUGGUGGACGAGGCAGCUGACUGUGGAGAGUGACGAAAGUGGAGAUGACCUUCUGGAUAUUUAGGUGGAAAUCAAUGCAGAAAAAAGUGUAGUGGUGAAAACUGUUUUCUAAUAUUCUCCCUUAACUGUCCAGUAAGCAAUCUUUGAUUGAUGUAUGAUUGAAUUCCUGGCACAAGAUUUUUUUUUAAAUUGAUGUUUGUUCUAUCAUAGCAAGGGAUCAAAAUUGGUCUGCCCAACCUAUGUGUCUGAUAUAAUAUUAUCAUGCAUUCAAGCAAAUUUGGGGCUGGAGGUAUAGCUCAGUGGUGAUCACUUGCUUGGCAUGUGCAAGGCCCUGAGUUCAAUCUCUAAUACAGGAAAACAAAAAGGAAAGAUAAAGAAAAGAGAAAAAAUUAUAUAGUGGCAGUAUUGAUAAUAGAAACUAUACCAACCACAGACAUAGAUCAUUCAACAGUUUCGUAUGUUCUGUGUAAAGUGUACAUUUAUAUGCCCUCUUAUGCAUCACCACAGAACUUAUAGCUUUAGUUCACUGAUUUUCUAUUGCCUCUAGAAAUAUUUCUCUUGAGAGAAUUUAUUAUUUAUGAUUGAUCUGAAAAGGUCAGCACUGAGUUCAUGCUAAAAUGAGAGUGAUUUCACAAACUACAGAUUGUGCAUUUUGAGAGUAUGUCCUUUUCCUUGUGUUAUUGUUUAAAAUAUAUACAAGGUAUUUAGAGAUGAGAACAAAUGGUUUUCUGUCUUUAGUUAUUCUGAUGUAACUGCUGUCUGCUUCCAAGAAAAUUAUAUGUGCAGAUCCCAAGCAAAGAAAUGGAUCCAGGAUAAUAACUGAUACAAAACAAACUUGUAGAUAGACAACUUGAGGACAUGGAAGUACAAUAAGGCUGUUUCUUUAAAAGACUUUUAAUAACCAAAUCUAUCAAAAAACAGUAAAACAACAUAAGUCAUUAUUUUAAAAACUCUUACAUGUAUGGUGUUAUUACUGACUUCAUUACUUACCUGGAUUCCCAAGGUCUGAACAUUUUUAUAUCACCAGAGACAUAUGGAUUUCUCCCAACACACUAUGCUUAGAUUCAAAAUGAGCCCUCAGCUAUCAAAAUCACCUGUGGAAACCAUGGUGCCCUAUAAAAUCUUACUCUGAAGAUUUGACAUAUGGCAAUUAUGUUUUCUAGCAUAUCAAUGGUCCAUAUCCUCAGAGAAAAUAGCAAUUGCAAAAUGAUUGUAAAAUACAUCAUUUUGGACUCUUGGCUAGAUAUCUCAAUGAAAUAGAAAUGAGUUUCUAUUAGUCUUCUAUUCUCUAGUUAGUAACUGUUUCGUUACUAACUAGAGACUUAACUGUUUAUUUUUUAAUCAGACUGAUUAUCUGAGAAUUCUUUGACUCCCAAGUUGUUUUAUGAUCUUUUUCUCUAUUUAACAGUCUUUCAAUAGCCAAAUACCACAUUCUUCUGUAUCACAAAUGUAACAUUGUGGUGACAGUUGAUUAUUUUUAUGGCUAAGUGUGACUACAAGAUUAUGUGCAAUUCAGGUCUGUGCAUUUGAAAUGAUUUUACUUGGUUUUAUGAUUACUUUGGAGUUUACUUUUUGUACAUUAAAAACAAAAAUAAAUAUUGGAUUUGUAAAAUAAA